GUUCUGCGCGCGCUCCAGAUUCCCCUUGGAAGGCGAGAGGAGAGGACCCGAAUGACCGACGUUUGAUACGAACAAGCGCAGAGUGGAUACUCAUUUCUCCUCGCUGCCCAUUGGUCCCCUCCUUCUAGGCAGCGGUGCCAUCUACAGUCCUCUGAUGCUGGAGAAUGGAGGUUAGCUGGGAUAUCUACAACCCCUGAAGCAGAAGGCAGAGCCGUCCACGCUGGCCAGAGCCACCGGAUCUUUCGACAAUGGCUGGAGACAAAUCUCACUUCGUUGGCAUGUAAUGUACUUAUGAUCCAGUUGCUGUUCUGUGCAGAUUUCUAAUCUGCCAGUCUGUCCGGUUCAGUGCGAUGAUGGAGCAUGGGCGCCAGGGUCGCCAGCGGGCCUCCGAGAUUAUCCGCAAGCAGAAACGCAAAGAGUUGGAUGCCCGACGCAGCAAGUGCCGUAUCCGCAUUGGAAGCCACCUGGAGCAGUGGUGUCAGCUCAAAGAGCAGCUGGGUUUUUCCCUGCAUUCCCAGCUGGCCAAGUAUCUGCUUGACAGGUACAGUUCACAUGCCUCAGUAUUGAAAACAGGAUCAGACAGCUCCAGUGCUGGCCCUCUUCCUUCCGAGGCAUUGCAGCGUCUGGUUGUCCUUUCUCACAAUCACAGCCAGGAAUGUGGCUUCAUCCCUAAUGUGAAGCCCGCGUUGCUGGAGCAGGAGAGAGUCUCCAACCAGCUGGUGUGGGAGUGUCUGGCUGGCCAUACCUUCACCUGGAGUCCCCCUGCCCCAAAGAUCGGCCUGCCAUCCUUCUGCCAAGCAGCCUCUGGGGCCAGGCAAGAGCAGGAGGAGGAAGCAGUCAGUUCCAGACCCAGCCCUCCACCCUCCCCAGUCACCAGACGCCGGCGCUCCCUUCGCAGGGCAGCAGCGGCCCACGCCAUUUCAUUAGCACUUGCUGCCAGCUCGCCCUGUCCUGUGGACGAGGCAGAGCCCUCUUCCCAAGAGGACGAGGAGGGCGGUGAGGACAGAGAGAAGACCGCAUGCAUGUCUCCUGCUAGUGGCGCAGGUUUGGAGAAGGAGGCAGAAUUGCUGAGCGGCGCAAACUCGGAUGAGACAGCAGCUGCACCAGAUGAGAUUCCAGGUAGCACUGAACCUCCAGGGCCCGAAAGGACUUUAACUCCACCAGAGGAGACACCUGAAUCAGUGUCUGACCCACCAGAGGAGGAGGAAGGAGAAGAUUUCACAGAAGAUAAUAUGAUGUACAUGGAUGACCUGCAAGAUGAAAAUUAUCAGCCUUCCUUGGAUAGCUGUAAGAAGCAGGCACAGCCAGGAGAUGAAGACAUGUCCCAAAUUGGUCCUAAGAGAAUCAGGAAGGCAGCCAAGCGAGAGAUUCUCCUCUGCGACUACGAUGGUUGUGGGAAAAUUUUCUCCAAUCGCCAAUACUUGAAUCACCAUAAGAAAUACCAGCAUGUUCACCAAAAGACCUUUACCUGCUCUGAUCCCAGCUGUGGCAAGUCCUUCAACUUCAAGAAACAUCUCAAGGAGCACGAGAAACUGCACAGUGAUAAAAGGGAUUACAUAUGUGAGUUUUGUGCCCGCUCCUUCCGAACGAGCAGUAAUUUGAUAAUCCACAGGCGGAUCCACACUGGGGAAAAACCCCUACAGUGUGAGAUCUGCGGUUUCACCUGCCGCCAAAAAGCGUCCUUGAACUGGCACAUGAAAAAGCACGAUGCUGACUCCUUCUACCAGUUCUCCUGUGACCUCUGUGGCAAGAAGUUUGAGAAGAAGGACAAUGUCACUGCGCACAAGAGUAAGAGCCAUCCUGAGGGAGCCCCUGGGCCUCCCCCACCAGCACAGGAGCCUCCCCCUCUGAGCUCCCCACUUGCAACAGAGCAGAUGGCCAACCCAGUUCAGAGUCAGCCAUGUGACAUGGGGAAAAGGGUGGAGCCCCCAGCCCUUGCCAUUACCGUCAUCAUUGAGUAACGGACUGAGCAGAACGAGAACAACAGCAGCAGAGAGAAUUCCUGGCAUUUCCUGCAGGCCAGCUGCAUUACGUCAGCAAGGUUGCCAUAUCAGCAAAGACAGAUGGGCCCUACCUCUAAAGCAAGGUCCCACCACUCACAUUCUUUCAGCUCAGCUCCUCUGGGCUCACUUCUGGAAUAAAAGGACAAUCUUGGGUUCUGCCUUGCCUGGCUCCAGAACGUCUAGAGGCGGGGCACGUCCUGACAGCCAGUUUGAUGUGUUUUCCUUCUGUCUAUGGGGGGACAAAAGUACUCUGGCGUAAUUUGCUCUGCCUACAUAGCCGGUCUCUCCUAUUUCGCGAAUGAGGCCGGUGAGUGGUGUUGGGUGACCAUUACAAGGCAGCUUACUUCAUACUCUCAGGAUUAUAUAAACAUUGAAAAACAAAACAUUUUGUGAUAAGGACUUCAAGCUUAUCCCCUGAUCCAGAUUCUCCUUUUUCAGGAGGCACAAAAGACACGUAUACCUGGCUUAGGAAAGCUCAUAUGUCUAAUAUAUUUCUCUUGACUCAUUCCUAGGAUGUUGAGAGAAAUAAAUGUAUUGAAAGGCUGUUAUUGCAGGGCUCUGAGCAUUCCCUUGUAACGGUGCCAUCUCUGCCACACGUACAUCUCCUGCCAUUAAAGGAAUUCCUCCGCUACUGCUCUGUAUGAGGUCCUGCUCUGAGUGCGCCUCAUGUGGACUCUGAGCGAAUGAUUCCUCUCAGCCUCAUUUUUUAAAAAAGUCUCAGCUUUCAUAAGUUUGGGAAACAUGCUCCAGUGUAUCUAGUAUAUAAGUACAUUAUCUUUGCUUUCAUUUCACAAGUUUUUGGAGAGUUAUUCCCAGUUUUAUGCCAAGCCUAUACAUGCCAAACCCAUAUAUGCUGGAGUCCUAGAAAUGUACAGGCAUACCUCGGAGAUAUGGCGGGUUUGGUUCCAGACCGCUGCAAUAAAGCAAAUACCACAAUAGAGCAAAUCACACAAAUUUUUUGGUUUCCCAGUACAUAUAAAAGUUAUGUUUAUGCUAUCCUGUGGUCUAUUAAGUGUCCAAUAGCAUUAUGUCUAAAAAAAAUGUACAUACCUUAAUUUAAAAACUCUUUAUCGCUAAAAAAUGCUAAUCAUCAUCUGAUUGACUUGCUCAAUGCAGGGUUACCACAAACCUUCAAUUUGUAAAAAAAAAAAAAAACCUGCCAUAUCUGCAAAGCGCAAUAAAACGAGGUAUGCCUGUCUAGAUCUAAGACCAAGGAGGUUUUUACCAGACAGCAGUAGUGAGACUUCACACCAAGAGUUCUCAGCCCAUACACCUGUGUUCAUGUUUCUGGAAACAAAUAAAUGUUGAUCAAAGGGUUAAAACCAAGUUGUGAUGUCAAAAAAACAAAUUUACUGAAUCUAUUUUAUUUUGACAAGCACUUUGCCGUUUCGCCGAAUUUAUUUUACUUCUACUAAUUCAUGGAAGAGAAGGGGGAGGAGCUAUGCAAAAUAAGAGCUCCUACCUUUUGUAGCAGCUUCCCUUGAGAUGGAGAUGUCAGACAUUGCGUAGGCACUAUGCCUUGUAAUCCUAGUGAAGAUUAAAAAGUUGCGUUAUCUUUGAUAAGGAAGCUGAGGUUCUUAGGAAAUUCAGUUUGCUACAAAUACUAAAAUUCUGAAUUCCUAAAUUUUGCAGUGCCAAAAGGUGAUUGUUGCUGCUGCUUUUAAUUUAUUUUGGAGAUGGGUGUGAAAUCUUUAAAUCUCUAAAUUAGGUGGAAAGUUGGAAACAAAUAAAAGGAUCUUCCCCUAUAAGAAUCAAAACAGAGGGAGAUAUUUGCAAAUAAACUAACGUUUG